CGCCGGUGUUCUCAAGAUUUGCGCUUCCUAUCAGAUUUUGCUUCCAGUGUGAUAUAAAUAAGGCUUGAGGCUUUAUUAGCAUGUACACCUAUACCCUUACAGCAGGAUUAAAAGUGUUGGCAGCAUAAUCUUAUAGAUAGCAUUAUUUGUCAGAACACCGGUAUUCCCCUGUUGGUAAAAUGAAAGCCAGCGCGUGCUGUUACCGCCAGGGGAUUGGAGCAAUGACUUGUCAGUAAAGUCACCCACCCUCUGAGUAUCUCAGACAGAGUUAGUAGUGUUUGAGACACAGAGCAAGGCGGCGAGACACUGGGAUAACUGAUUUAACCAGACCGGGACAGAACGACACUCAAGUGCGAGGGAGAUGGAGGAGGAGAUGCUACCGGCAGACGAAGGUCUCUCUGCGCCCAAAAUCUGCAGGCAGCAGCAGCAGCGGAGUCCGUACAGCUCCCUCAAGACCUUCCCGAGCAAGCGCGCGGCGGCCAAAGCGAGAUAUGACAGACCCACAAUGGUGGACAUCCCGCAGCUCGGAGACCAUCCUCAUCAUCUCAGUCAUCAUCAUCAGCAGCAGCAGCAGUAUUCACAGCGCGUGUCGCUUCCGCCAGCGUCCCUCUCCAUCAGCAGCAGUCAGCAGCACCGUCUCCCCUGCGAAAUCAGGCCCAGCAGCAGAGUCGCGACAUCCAGCGCGGCAUCAGCGGGGAGCGCCACGGCGACAGCAUCAUUUGGCAGCCAGAGGAGGGUCUCCGGCCAGGAGCCCGGGAGAUACCCGGCGGGGCGCGCCGAGCUCAGCCACCAGGCUCCAGACUGCUCCUAUGGAAUAAGCUCAGAAAACCGGCUCAUAUUGGAUGCUUUUGCCCAGCAGUGCAGUCGGGUACUCAGCCUCCUUAACAGCAACGGACGGCUCCUUGAGCCCCAGCCUUCCCUCGUCCCUGCAUCCUCUUCCAUCUCCUCUCUAAUAAAACAGGAGAACAGCUGCCUUUCUCCAGGAGAGAGGCUCAGUUCUGAGCCCAGAUCAGAGGACUCAUCCCUGGAGAAAACAGGUGAGGAAACCCAACGGGGCAACCACUGGAACCAGCAGCAGACUUCCGCUUUCCUCCAGAUCUUCACAGAGUCGCUUCAGAACUACCUGCUCUCUGGACCCCAGUCGUCAGACAGUGAACGGAGUCGCCCGGUAGAGGCUGAACCAGCAGCAUCAGGGUCCCCGAGGCAGAACUUAGGGGGCUGGGCUUCUCCAGCACCUUCUGAGUCAUAUGGACACCCCUCUUCCACACUGCCUGAGGAAGAUGAGGAGGAAGGCUGUUGUCCACGCUGCGUGGAGCUGGAACAGGAAGUUCUUAGUUUACAGCAGGAAAAUGAAGAACUGAGACAAAAACUGGACAAUAUACCAGCUCCUUGCCAGAAUGUUCUGGAUUUUUUUAAGACUGUUCUUCAACACUACAACCAAUUUGUGCAGCCCCAGCCUGAAGAGCAGCUUACCGAGGGCAGUAAACAGCUUCUGGGGAACUAUCCUCUCUUCAUCACCAAUAAGCAGUGGGACGAGGCAGUCAACUCCUCAAAAAAAGAUGGCCGGCGGCUCCUGCGUUACCUUAUCCGGUUUGUGUUCACCACAGAUGAGCUCAAAUACUCAUGCGGUCUGGGGAAGAGGAAACGUUCGGUACACACAGGGGAGCCGGGGCCGGAGAGAAGACCUCUCAACCCCGUCAAGGUCACUUGUCUCAGAGAGUUUAUCCGGAUGCACUGUGCUUCUAAUCCUGACUGGUGGAUGCCCUCGGAGGAGCAGAUAAACAAAGUCUUCAGCGAUGCAGUAGGGCACGCGCGGCAGGGCCGGGCUGUAGGCACUUUCCUGGGCAACGGAGGCAGCGGUAGCAGCAGUAGUGGUAGUUUAUACAUGGAGAGCUACGACGGGCAGCUCUCUCAGGACGAGCUCUAUCUGAAGGGCUCGCAGAAUGGUUUGGGGGACUAAAGAAGAAAAAUCCGUCCAGAUCAUGGAUCAAGGUGAGGAGUGAGCCCUCCGGAUCGGCUCAUACAGAAAUUGCAGCACUUAUAACGUGGUUUGUGUAUGAAUAUAAUCCUUAUUCUUUCCUGUCAAACCAUUCCAGGGCAUUCACACCUACCCACUAAAUUAUGUGGGAUUCUUCCAAGCUUAAACGGUUAGUGGUCACUAGGCAGCAGAGUUCAGUUCUACACAGUAUCAGAUUGAUUAUACGCUCCAUUUUGCAUUUCAUUUCAUCGAAUGUGAUCCACUAUAGCAACAUGAAUGUAUCCAUGUUACUCCACUGUAAAUAAUGAGAGCUUCCUUUUCUUGUGUCGGAUCGGUCAGAUGUUCAUAAAGACAGCCUGCAAAUGAGGUGCUAAUAUGAUUUUCUGUUAUUCUCUCUGAUAUGGUUCGAUUUAAAGUUCUGCCCUCUAUUUUAUCAUAUGAUGUUGAAUAAUCUAUGGCGUUUAUAAAAACUGUGAUUUUGCAAAAUCAGUUUCAUACGGUGGCUGCAGGAUGAAAUGACUGAACUCUACGUUCUGUCCGUGACUGUGACUGUGGAGAUACAGUAAGUCUGUAAUAUAGUGUGUUGGGGUGGCUUCCUAAUCUUUCCUCUGAUCCAAUAAGGAGGCAAUGUUGUUUGUAAUUUGGGUUGCUUCUUCUUGAUUCUAGUUUGUAAAACACCACAAAGAUCAUGUUUAAAGGAUCAGCCGGACUUCAUUUAUUCUGCCACAUUAUAAUAUUCUGUGUGACUGCAUAAAAGACUAAAUGAAAUGCCUUAAAAAGAGACACCAUCUACCACUUAGAACUACAAAUACUGCCAAUUUCAGACUGUUGUUAUCUCUUAGUGUUUCUGUUACAUUAGUGGCCUCAGGCUGUUUGGGUUUUCAAACGAAAGAAAAAUCUGUUUGAAAAUGGACCAUCUUUCUUUAAUGCCUUAUAGACAAAGUCUCUGUGAAAAUGUUUAUACAUCGAGGUCAUUUUGUAAUGUCUGGUAGAAUUCAGUCAGAUGUCUUUAACUACUAAUUUUGAAUUUAUUCUGCGUGGCGCUUCAUCAGACGUCUGAUGGUGGGGAAUCCCUAACAUUUGGACCUGUUCACAUAGCGUGAAAACUUGUGAUCAUUAAGGGAGUUUAAGAUCUGUGGCCUCUUUCAUCUGCUACUAAAGGCUACUGUUUUGCCCAAGUUCACAUCUUCAUGUUCAGGUUUAAAUGUCAGCACUUCCCAAACAUUAAACAGCUGAUAAAGUUGUUUCAGAGUGGUAUAAAGACUUCAAAAUAAGUUACCAAGUUGCUGUUGCCUUUGACUACCAGACAUACAAAAGCCUCUGUUGUUGUGAUAUGUAGUGUGUUGUGAUUGUAUAAAUCCAUGGUGAUUGGAAAUUGUGAGUCCUCUAGUCUGUUCGAAGAACGUGUCAACACUGUGAGCCCCACCAAAAGUGAUGAGACUGUUUUCCCUCUUACUUAUUAAUGAUAUUUUCUUUUCAAACAGAAGAUGCAUUUGUGUACUGUGGACAAAAAAAGAGAAAAUACAAUGAAGCAAAAUAACUGAUCCAGACAA